AAAGGCUUCCUCCCUGCCUUUGCUGUAGUCAUUUGCUCUGCCGAUGCCGGUUCCCAGCAGGCACAUCAAUAUUGGCCGUUCCCAGAGCUGGGAUGCCGCUGGCUGGUAUGAGGGCCCUUGGGAGAAUGCUGGGCCUCCAGGGAGGAGAAGUUCUCUGACGUAUGGCCCUGGAGAAGGGACCUGGUGUGAGCUGCUAAACCAUCGCGCCCAGGACACCGAGUCCUACCUGUCCCGGGAAGCUUUUUAUAACUCACUGGCAUCAAGAAAGGGCUCUGUGCCUGACUUCACCUUCUACGACAGCAGGCAGGCAGUGAUGUCUGGCCGUGGCUCCGUGCUGCCACAAGACUACUAUGGCGACCCAUCCAGGGGCACCAGGGUACCCAAGGACCCUCCCUUCUAUCGGGACCCAGGAACCAGCCGGCCGGUGCCCAGCUACGGAGUGCUUGGCAGCAGAAUGCCAUGGGAGCAGGUACAGGGCCAGUUACCUGCCCUGCAGGAUGCUGGCCACCUGUACCGGGAAUCUGGGGGUAAAACUGUCCCACAUGGGCAGCGGACACACGGCAGGGCUCUGUCUCCUGGGAGGUAUGGAAGGGAGCCGCCUGAUGCUAGAUUAGGGAUAGAGGUACCCACCUAUUCCCCCAACUCCAGUCAGGUCUACAACGAUAUCUGUGAAAGACCUGUUGACUCUACCCCUGCCAGACAGGUGACCCCAACAUGCUUGGUUGUGGACCCCAGCUCAGCUGCCCCUACUGAGAACAGCACGGGGGUAGCCCCAGGUUCCCUGAAUAGAGGCUACGGGCCUACCCGAGAAAGCAUCCAUUCAAAGAUGGCUUAUGAGAAUUAUGAAGCCGACUUGUCUACGUUCCAAGGACCCGGAGGCAAGAGGACCGUGUACCCUGAGUUUUUGGCCCUGCUGAGGGCAGAGGGUGUGGCAGAGGCUACCCUGGCAGCCCUGUUACAGCAAGGUUUUGACUCCCCUGCUGUCUUGGCCACCAUGGAGGAUUCGGACAUCAAGUCUGUUGCACCCAACCUGGGCCAGGCGCGUGUCCUCAGCCGCCUUGCCAGCAGCUGCAGGACAGAAAUGCAGUUCCGGAGACAGGACCGGACAGGCCCUCCACCCCGCCAUCGGUCCAGUAGCUUCAGCCACCGAAGUGAGCUGCUGCCCAAUGACAUGGCCUCACUGGGUACCACAGCCCUGCAGUUUCACCCUGCUGGACCUUUGCAGACAGCCUCUCCCGGAGCUGGAGAUCUAGGUCGCCGCCCCUCCAGUGCACCUUCCCAGCACCUUCUGGAGACAGCAGCUACUUACUCCGCCCCAGUGGUGGGAUCCCAAACCCCCCACUUACCCUCCAACUCUGGAUAUAGUUCUCCCACCCCUUGUGCCCUAACUGCACGGCUGGCCUCCUCAUAUCCUUCAACAGCUGGGGUAGCCUUGACUGCUAACCCAGGCCCCUCUGUCCCCCUUCACUCAAGUCCUAGAACAGCCUACUCCACCUCAUACACGGUGCCCAUGGAACUGCUUAAGAGGGAGCGCAGCAUGACCGCCUCUCCACUGCCCAGCCCCCAUGGCAGCCCCCAGCUCCUGCGGAAACCUGGAGCAGCUCCCAUGGAACCGUCUGCCCUGCCACCAGUCAGCCAAAGUCUCCACACACCUCAUUCACCGUACCAGAAGGUGGCGCGGCGAACAGGGGCUCCUAUCAUCGUGUCAACCAUGCUAACUCCAGAACCAAGUAUCCGCCCCCAAAUCAUGAACGGCCCCCUGCACCCCCGCCCCCUAGUGGCACUGCUGGACGGCAGAGACUGCACUGUGGAGAUGCCUAUCCUGAAGGACCUGGCCACCGUGGCCUUCUGCGAUGCACAGUCCACUCAGGAAAUCCAUGAGAAGGUGUUGAAUGAGGCUGUGGGUGCCAUGAUGUACCACACUAUCACCCUCACCAGGGAAGACCUGGAGAAGUUCAAGGCCCUGAGAGUGAUUGUUCGAAUUGGUAGUGGCUACGACAACGUGGACAUCAAGGCUGCUGGUGAGCUUGGGAUCGCUGUGUGUAACAUCCCAUCUGCUGCAGUGGAGGAAACAGCAGAUUCGACAGUGUGCCACAUCCUCAAUCUGUAUCGGCGGAACACAUGGCUGUACCAGGCCCUACGAGAAGGCACACGGGUUCAGAGUGUAGAACAGAUCCGAGAGGUCGCCUCAGGAGCUGCUCGGAUCCGAGGAGAAACAUUGGGCCUCAUUGGCUUUGGUCGCACAGGGCAGGCAGUUGCUGUUCGAGCCAAGGCCUUUGGAUUCAGCGUCAUAUUUUAUGACCCCUACUUACAGGAUGGGAUAGAGCGGUCUCUGGGUGUUCAAAGGGUCUAUACCCUGCAGGACUUGCUGUAUCAGAGCGACUGUGUCUCCUUGCACUGCAAUCUGAAUGAGCACAACCAUCACCUCAUCAAUGACUUCACUAUCAAGCAGAUGAGGCAAGGGGCAUUCCUUGUGAAUGCAGCCCGAGGUGGCCUGGUAGAUGAGAAAGCCUUAGCUCAGGCUCUCAAAGAGGGCAGGAUACGAGGAGCUGCUCUGGAUGUGCAUGAGUCUGAGCCCUUCAGCUUCGCUCAGGGCCCAUUGAAGGAUGCUCCAAAUCUCAUCUGCACACCACACACAGCCUGGUACAGUGAACAAGCAUCCUUAGAGAUGAGGGAAGCAGCUGCAACUGAGAUCCGCCGAGCAAUCACAGGUCGAAUCCCAGAAAGCUUACGAAACUGUGUCAACAAAGAAUUCUUCGUGACUUCAGCUCCUUGGUCAGUUAUUGAUCAGCAAGCAAUUCAUCCCGAGCUCAAUGGUGCCACAUACAGGUAUCCACCAGGCAUUGUAGGUGUGGCUCCAGGAGGGCUUCCUCCAGCUAUGGAAGGGAUCAUCCCUGGAGGCAUCCCUGUGACUCACAACCUCCCCACAGUGGCACACCCUUCCCAAGCUCCCUCCCCCAACCAGCCCUCAAAACACGGGGACAAUCGAGAGCACCCCAACGAGCAAUAGCAGAGAAUGCCUGAAGGUAAUCAUUCAGAUAAACUUGGGACCAAGAGACAGUAGAAAAUGGAUGAAUUUGAUGGUCUUUUAAACUGAUCCUGGACAUCACUGAUACUGCAGUGUUAAAGCUACAAAAGCUAGAAAACUGAAGAUGGUAUCUGCUUCCAGAGGUGUGGAAAGACUAGGACGUGAUUAUUAACGACCAACUUCUGUUAUUGUGUGUUAAGUUUUUCAUCUGUGCAUCAAAUCACAAAGAAUAAAUAGAGCUUUUCCUUUAUCAAUCCCCUGGGCACAGCAGGUCCUGCACAGCUUGCUCUAGAAUGUUGCAUCAAGAGCUCCGAAUAUCAAUAAAAAGUUGAGAGGAAAUCCCCAUCAAGACUAGUCCCUUUGGUCUCCAGGGCUGGUGCCUCCUUUGCUGAUAGGAAGAUUAAAAUUAAGACAAGAUGGGGAGGACACUGUUUGCCUGUGUAGACAUCUCCGCGCACAGGAUUGAAGAAGUAAAAGCUCCUAUACAGAAGGUUUUACAUCUGAGCAGCAAAGUCGGUUCUGAGUUCAGUAAAACCUUCUGAUUCAAAAACAAAACAAAACAAAACAAAAAAAAAAAAAGGAAAAGAACAAAAGAAAAAAGUAUUAAGUUUCACAAGCUGUUUGUACUCAAAUAUAUUUUCUCAGUUUCAGAUCCUCAGCUAUUUUAUUGAGUGGAAAGUCUUGGACAAGAAGGGUUCAAGAAGAAUAAUGUUGCAUUUCCUUAUGUCUCAGGAAACACUUUUUAUGGUAACUUGUCAGAUUGUCUAUGAACAAACCCACUUUUUUAGACAUUGAUAAAUUCUUUUCUUCACGUGAUAUUUUAUACAAGAACACUCAGAUGUGCUAUUAGAUGUGACUGAUUUUAACAAAUCCUAUUAGAUUUGUAUCAGCUAGUUACAUGUUCUAUUCAUAGUCUUUUGUGAAUCAUUGCCUUUUUGUUUUUAAAGAUGGCCUAUUUUGAGCCUUUGUAUAGGUACAUUCCUGUUUUUGUGACACAAGAAAAACUUUAAACUGUCCCAAACAGAAAAAUAAUGGCUAUCAGAUGUUUUGUUUAGUGUGAGUUAUCGUUACUGUAUUUGUUUAUUGUAAAGGUGGACAUUUUAGCAUUCAGUGCAGUUUUCAAUAAAAAGUAAUUAAAAUUUCUUUUAAGUCCUGACAUUUAAGUACAUCUCACCUAUGUAAAAGCUAGCUCUUGAGAUGUCAUCACACUGUCAGUCAGCCAGUUUCCAACUCUUGUGGUGACAGUGUCUGAUCUCACGGAAGUCCAAAUUAGACAGGCUAUCCUGAAGAUGAGGCAGUGCUUUGGAAUGAAGUCAAUUCCAGAAACAAAACUGGUUAAUUUUUAGAAUUUUGAUUUUUAAUAUGCCCAAAUGUGAACUUUCUUUGUUUGGGGGAAGAGGGGAAGGGGAAAUAACCUAAGCUAAUAUUUACAAAGUGACCACAGAUUGAAGACUUCCACUUGUACUUACCUUCUAAAGUAGCAUUCAAUGCUUUUAAAACUCACAAUUCCAAGGUUCGAGAGAAAAUGAAGUGUCUUACAGUGUAAGCCUGCCUGGCCGUCUUCUUUUUAGGAGGGUGCUCCACCUUAACUGCCCUAUACAAUGAGCUCACAGAUCUUGUCAGUGACUGAAAAAGAGGUCCCAAUCUACACGGCAGUGUUUCACUUAACAUUUGCUAUGUCUAGUGUAGUAAACCUAACGGUCAGAAACAGAAAGUCAGAUCUGAAUCCAUGGUGUGCCUGGGUUUUGUUUAAUUAGAUCGUGGUUGCUCAAACAGUCCUUUAGAAAUGGUUAUAUAUAAACUGACUCCAAAGAACAUCAUCAGGAUAAAAACAAAGUACUGGUUUCAUCCUAGAAAAAGAACCAUAAAGUCCAUGUAGUUAUAAAAGUAUUACUGUCCAGUCCGUCUAAAGAUACCUACACCUGCCACCCAGCCAUGUAUAAUCUUUGACAAAGGACGGCAUUACACUUUCUUGGGACAAUAAUUAUGGCUGUUGGUUUAGUUCAAGAGCUUAACAUAGCACUGAUUUCCCCAAGUGUUGGCCUUUUCACAGCCAGCAGUCUGCUAUAAAAACUAACAAAAGCCCCAUUCCUCAAGAGUUCAAGAAAUGGAGCCUUCUUUAAUCUUUCCCACAGGGAAGAAUAGGUACCUAUCAAAUUAUAUGUGGUCAGGGUCACUGGUCAUAAAUAAAUUAAUAAAUAAAUACAUAAAUACAAAGGGAACUCGGGAAAGGACACUCAAGAAACUACAAUACGCAGAACAAGGCUCAGUCCUGAGCCUGACUGUACCACAAGGUUUGCAUACAAUGCAGAUGCACCCAGAGACCAGUUUUUACCCCUCGGCUCUUUGUGGCUUAUUUGGGAGGAAGGUGGCUUAACUAGAUCUCUGCCUCCUGAAAAAUCAAUUCUACACAUGGAGAUCAGCUAUUCUAGAUGCUAUGGAUGCUAAGUACUUAGAAUGACAGCCUUCUAUUGACUUGGUUAUCAUUUGCUGAUCAAAAUGAAAACGAAAUAGUCAAUUUAUAGAAAAACAUUUAACUACUGGAACAGUAACAUUUACCAGUAUUGUUACCACAAUUCAUUUAUAUGACGUCACCUACUGUGAAAAUUAACUUUCUGGUUUUCGCAUGCAGCAUAAAUGAAUGGCCUUUUAUCCUGGGAACACCUUUUUACCGAGUGUUCACAAGAGAGAACUAAAGACAUAACAGCUCAUAGAUAUUUUUUUCUUUUUAGUAUUCCAGCAAACUUAAAAGUUGUGUACACUUCAAUACCAUCUCAUCAGAAAAACAAGAUUUAAAGGUUUCACAGCCUUUUCCUUAAAGGGGAGGAAGUGUAUGUAUUUGCUACUUUGCAACUGCUUGCCACAUCAGUCUAAGUGCUUAUCAGGACACUGUGUGUUGUGUGCCUGAGGAGGUCAGAAAUGUUUACCCAGAACUAACAUAUGCCAGAAGUGGUCAAUUAACACACUCCAUAAAUUUUUUUCUAAAAGUAUGGUUUUAACUUUAAAUAAUGGCUACAACUAACCAACAUGCAAAAACUCAGACUACACAGAAACUGAUCAUACAAUGCAUUGACCACCUUACUGCAUUUUAAAAAUCUUUAUUCUGUACUGAACUGUAUUCCCAAUCAGCCUAAGCAAAGGCAUGCCCUUAAUACAGGAUCUGCUUAGAGCAGAGGUGACAAAGACAGGAAGAAUCUGAAGACUGUCUGCAUGGCCGCCUGGGAACAGAACAGGUUGAGUCCAAGUGACUGUCACAUAACCCACCCAAUGAUGAGUGAGCCUGCUCCCUUUCCAUGGAUCCAUCCAGGGUGUAAGUGCACAAAUGCACCUGCCCCGAGUCGAGUAAGAACCCCUUUACAGGGCACUCUUCCAAACAAUAAAUAUCUAAAUAAUGAAAAGGGCAAAUCAGAAAACUUGAAAACAGAAACUAAAAACCCUCUUCAAAUACAAGAGACAAUGUUUAUGUUAAGUUCACUCCAAAAACUUGCUAGUUUUUCUUGCAGUUUGUUCCUAAGGGUUUGAUUUUUUUUUUUAUUUUAUUGGGCACAACAGGAACUAAAUUAUUAAUAAAAUAAAGGCUUGUUUAUUUUUA